GGUUCAUAUUUCAUCACAACUACAACAAGAACUUACUUGCUUUAGUGAUUAAACUAUUUUACAACAAAUAUCUCUUAUUUCCCAAAACAAAUUAAGAAAACAUGUCUUGCUGUGGAGGAAGCUGUGGCUGUGGAUCUGGCUGCAAGUGCGGCAACGGCUGUGGAGGAUGUGGGAUGUACCCAGACAUGGAGAAGUCCACUACCUUUACCAUCAUUCAAGGUGUUGCACCCAUAUUCAACAACUAUGGAGGGGUCGAUGAGAAAGCAGCAGGAGAAGGAGGAAAUGGAUGCAAAUGUGGAUCAAACUGCACUUGUGACCCUUGCAAUUGCUAAAUUACUGAUUCCACACUAAUAAAUGUGUGUGUUGUUAUAAAAGCUUUAUGUAAUAAUAAAAUACAGCCAUGGAACUGAUCACAUGAUGAUCAGUUCUUAGGUUUGUGUCUUUCCUCUAUGUUUGUUUGAUCUAUCUGAUAUAUUUCUGUAAGUGUGAUUUGGAUUUGGGGUGUAACAGAAACAUAUCAUAUAUACAAUUAUAUAAGUUUGUUUAUUCCUUCCUU